AUGCCCAAAAUAAAGACGCGAUCGAGGUCCCGGAACGUCGACGCCAUCGUCUUCCUCCUCGACGACGUCCUCUACGACCACACGGGGACCUUGAGCUUCCUCGCGGUCGAGCGCGCGGCCAAGCAGCUCGUCGAGGAAGGUGCGUUCGAGUCGUGGGAUGACGCCCAUAUCGCCCUGCGCAAGUUCCGCGAAGCGUUCGGCUACCGACAGAACUUCCAGCGCUUCAUUGAGGACCUUGUCUCGGCGGGGCAAUUGACCCAGGGCGCAGGGACUCGCGUCCUCACCGCGUACAAUGCGCGCGCUUUCGUCCUCGGCGCUCCACACAUCCUUCCGUUCCCGCACACAGUCGACACGCUGGACGAGCUGCAAGCUAUGGGGUACAAGCUGGGCUUGCUAUGCUCAGGAACGAUGGAAGCUCAGUGGGAGAAGAUCCAUGCGCUCGGAAUCGCCUCCUGCUUUGAUCACGUCAUGGUCGUGCCUUCGGGCAACCUAUCGGGCGAUGGCAACACAGCGAAAGUGCUUCCUGUGAUCCGAGCGAUGGCCAAAGAGCUCAAGGUCGCAAUCUCCAAGAUGGCGCUCGUCGGUCGUCGCGUCUUUGCCGAGCUCAAGGCCGCCAAACAACUAGGCAUGAUCACGAUUCGCAUGAAAUACGGCAAGUACUCGCGAACCAUGCCGGCGGACGACAUGGAGCAGCCCGACUACCAAAUGUCCACGAUCGAGCAGCUCUUGGCCAUCUUGAAACUCAUCGAAGAGCGGCGUCCACGACCCAACAUCGUUGCUCUUGGAGGCGGCACGGGCCUCGCUGUCCUUUUGAAAGCACUGCGCGAUUAUCCCGCCGACCUCACGGCCAUCGUCACAGUCUUUGACUCGGGGCGUCACUCGGGGACGCUACGCAAGUCCCUGGGUAUUCUGCCACCCGGCGACAUCCGCAACUGUCUCGUAGCUCUUUCCGAUGCGGACCAGCUCAUGCACCAGCUCAUGAACUACCGGUUCCAGGAAAACUACCUCGAAGGCGCGAGCUUGGGCAACCUCCUCUUAGCCGCCCUCACCGACAUCCACCAAGGAUCCUUUGACAAGGCCGUUGCAUCCGUCUCGGAAAUCCUCAACAUUCGCGGUCAAGUCUUACCGGCGACGCUCGACCAGUCGGAGAUUUGCGCGACACUCCAAGACGGCUCGACCGUUGUCUCGGAAGUCAACGUCCGCGACCCCAACAAGUCGGCGCCGAUCGAGCGCGUGUACCUGGAGAACGCCGAGAACGUCCACGCCUACCCUGCAGCCGUCCAGGCGAUCGAAGACGCCGACAUCAUCUUGAUUGCACCUGGCGGUUUCUACACGUCCAUCAUUGCGACGCUUCUCGUGCCCGGCAUCAAGGAAGCGAUCGCCCGGUCCUCGGGCGCCGUCGUCUACAUUAGCAAUGUCGCGACGCAGAAUGGGCAGUCGGACGGGUACACGCUGCCACAGACGCUCGACAUUUUGAACGAGUACCUCGGGACCGACGUCAUCGACUAUGUCAUUGCCAACAACGCGGUGCCCGAGACCUCUGUGUUUGAGAAUGGCGAGACGCUGCUUUUGCCGACGCAAGCGAUGGAAGACGCCGAGCGACCGAUCCUUGUCCAAGGCCGCGCCUUCCAGGACAUGUCCAACUUUACGAUCGAGUGGAAGAAGGUGCCCAUGAUCAAGCACUGCGGCAAGAUGAUCCUCAGCAUGCUCUAUCGCAUCAUCGAGAAGGAGAUGGAUGGUGCGCAGCUCUCGUACGACCAGCCGCUCUCGCCCAAGCGGCGCGUGCGCCGCCACCGCGCCGACGAGAGUACCAGUCACCUCUGGAAGCUGGCGCUGGGCCUGGCGUUUGGGGCUGUCGUCGUCCUCCAGCAUAUGCGCCCUCCACGAGCGUAG